AUGUGCGGCCGGAAUUCACUCUCCACCGCCCCCUCUAUCCCGACUAGGCUGCUGAGGGAGCGCCUGGGCCCUGCUCGCGGAUACCCUGCCACUCCUAAUAGCGCGGCGCCCAGGGACCCUCCGCCACCCAUCAUUCCAUCCAUGGGAUUGCAGUGCCUUAAGAAAGACGCGCUGUUCAAAAAGGCACGUUCAUUCUGUUCUGUCAGUAAAGAGAAUUAUUCGUAUAACAAGGCUGCCCAGGUGGAUUGUCACAAUCUACUAGGAGGACAUCCCAAUAUACAGUUGUUUAGAGAUGACCUGCAGAUUUUGCAAGCUAAAGCCAGACAACAUCAGUCAGCCCGCACGCCUGACCCCCAGGUGCGCCCCGUGGUGCUACCUACGCGUUGCCCCCACCCGGGGGAGGCCUGUGUGGUGUCUGGCUGGGGCCUGGUGUCCCACAUCGAGCCUGGGACCACCCGGAGCCCCCAGUCACAAGUGAGUCUCCCAGAUACGUUGCAUUGUGCCAACAUCAGCAUUAUCUCGGACACGUCUUGUGACAAGAGCUACCCGGGGCGCCUGACGAACACCAUGGUGUGUGCAGGCGCGGAGGGCAGAGGCGCAGAAUCCUGUGAGGGUGACUCCGGGGGACCCCUGGUCUGUGGGGGCGUCCUGCAGGGCAUUGUGUCCUGGGGUGAUGUGCCUUGUGACAACACCACCAAGCCUGGUGUCUAUACCAAAGUCUGCCACUACUUGAAGUGGAUCAGGGAAACCAUGAAGAGGAACUGACUAUUCUGGCCUAUUACCUGUGCCCCUGACUGAGCAGAGGCCUCCACAGCUGGCCAGCAGCCCCA